AUGGUGCUGGUGGACGAUGAUGAUCAUGGCGUCGAAAAGUAUUUGACGUCAUGGACAAGUCCAGAUGAUCCUUCUCCAGGUGAUUUUGUUUAUAAGAUCCAAAACCGGGGAUUGGCUGAUAUGGUUGUUCUGGAAGGGGCAAGAAAGCGAUACCGACUUGGACAGUGGAAUGGAAUGCAUUUUUCCGGUUAUCAAAGAUAUCCGAAUCCCAUUUUUAAACCAUUCUUUGUGUUCAAACAAGACAGGCUGAUAUCUAUUGAAGAGGCCUACGAGACAUCCCUUUUCGUAAGAUCCACUUUACACACAUCUGGUUCAGUUCAGCGCCAUACUCUCAAUCUCAGGAAAGGGGGAUUUGCUCCAAAGUUACAAAAGGAUUGGGAUCUUCAGGAUUGGUCGGGUGGAUGCAAAAGAAUUAAACCGUUGAAUUACAAUGGCGGAGAUGGAUUCAGACAAGUGAGAGGGGUCAAGUAUCCUGAUUUGUUAAGGUUUCGGUUAAAUACAAGCAUGAGCCUUGAUGAGUGCAAAGUCGAGUGCUUAAAAAACUCUAGUUGCACGGCUUAUGCUAAUUCCUUCAUUACUAACGGAGGCACUGGCUGCUUGAUGUGGUUCGGUGACCUCAUUGACAUCAAACAACAUUCUGGAGCGGAUAGUAAGCAGAACGUCUAUGUCCGUGUUCCAGUUUCUGAACUAGAUUUUAACACGGGUUUAGAGGAGGAGAACGAAAAGAAAAGGCCUAUGGAGAUAGUACUGAUAUCGAUUGCUUCGGGUGUUCUCAUCUCAGCCUUUAUCAAUGGAGGCGUACUUUAUUUGGCAAGACUAAAGAGGCAAGCAGUGAAAGAGAAUAAUGAAGAUCUAGAAUUACCUGUGAUCAAAAUGGCAACUAUUGUGCAAGCAACAAAUAAUUUCUCCAUGGAAAACGUAAUUGGAGUUGGAGGCUUUGGUCCUGUUUACAAGGGAAACAUGCCAUCUGGAGAAGAGAUUGCGGUCAAAAGAUUGUCCAGAUGUUCAAGACAAGGUAUUCAAGAGUUUAGAAAUGAAGUUAUGAUGAUUGCGAAACUUCAACAUAGAAACCUCGUCAGACUAUUGGGAUGUGGCAUUGAAGAAGAGGAAAGGAUGCUAAUCUAUGAAUACCUACAAAAUAAAAGCCUCGACUAUUUUGUUUUUGAUCACAGUCGAAGAACACUGUUGACAUGGCCUAAGUGCUAUGAUAUUAUUAUGGGAAUCGCAAGAGGAUUGCUAUAUCUUCAUCACGAUUCUAGAUUAAAGAUUAUUCAUAGGGAUCUUAAAACAAGCAAUAUUUUACUAGAUGGAAAUUUAACUCCAAAAAUAUCAGAUUUUGGGCUAGCAAGAAUUUUCCAACAGGAUCAGUCUCUUGCUAUAUCAAAACGAGUUGUUGGAACAUAUGGAUACAUGGCUCCCGAAUAUUUGAUGGACGGGAAAUACUCGGAGAAAUCAAACAUCUUUAGUCUUGGAGUGGUGUUGUUAGAGAUAAUCAGCGGGAAAAGGAACAGAGGAUAUGAGCACUCAGAUCACUAUCAUAACCUCUUGGGCCAUGCAUGGUUGCUGUGGCAAGAAAACAGGAUUGUAGAGUUGAUGGAUGAAUGUUUGAAUGAUACAUUUAAGGAGUGUGAAGUGAAGAGAUGCAUGCAAGUGGGGUUAUUAUGUGUUCAGAAAUUUGCAGAGGAUAGGCCAACCAUGUCAUCAGUGAUUCCAAUGUUGAGUAGUGAUGGAGCAAAUCUACCCCAGCCAAAAGAGCCCGGGUUUUUCAUGGAGAGAAGAUCAAACCUUGUGCCUGUCGGAAAUAUUGCUUCGCCAUCAUGUAUUAAGUCAGAGAAGGAAACAAUCACCAUUACUGACUUGGAGGCCAGAUAAGGACACCCCAAACA